ACAUCACAUCCGUAGAUGGCCUCUACCGUGGCCACUUACCUGGGGGCUGUCCUUAUGCUUCUUCCAAGGCUGGUCUGAACGCCCUGACUCAGGUGAUGGCUGUAGAGAUGGGACCUUACAAGAUCAGAGUGAAUGCAAUAGCUCCAGGAAUAUUCAAGUCWGAGAUCACUGAGAAGCUUAUGGAGAAAGAGUGGAUCAACAAUGUGAUGAAGAAAACAGUUCCUCUGGGAACAUUUGGCACAUCAGACCCUGCGUUAACAUCACUUGUGCGAUAUUUGAUCCAUGAUUCCUCAGAAUAUGUCUCAGGCAAUGUGUUCAUUGUGGACGCCGGAGCCACCCUUCCGGGUGUCCCCAUUUUCUCUUCUCUCUAAUCUUCUGUAUAUGUUUGAACAUGUUCUAUGUAUGCAUCAUGUAUACCUCGCUAGCUGGGUGCUUUACAUCCAGUCUUAGCUAGAUAAAUUUAUUAAUCUCUCUUUUGAAACCAAGAUUGCUUCCUUCA